AUGUCGCCAUGGAAGAUCUCUGUUCUCAGCGGACUCGCUGAUGCGGCGGUUGGGGUCGGAUGGCUGAGGCUGAACCGGGCGUUGGAGAAGAAUCGGAUGGAAUUUCAGUUGCAGACUAGACACUUCUGCGUACCAGCAGGCAUGGUGGAAUCUUCCACCUCGCCGACCGUAUUAUCCCGGAUGCAAAGUGGGCAGUCCAAGCACCGCAUCGCUCUUCACCGGGACAUCUGCAUAUUCCUGGCUUUGACAGGGUACAGGGAGAGGAAUGGCCCGGCAGCAACGGCGUGGUACCGGUAUGCAGUGCUGACGGCAGAGGUCUUCAGGACAUUGGCCAUGUGCUCGGUCUCGUACCAGGCAACGAAUGCCUCCGAGGAGAUCCUCGGUGCGGAGCGAGCCCUCGACGUUACGUGCAGCAAGCCCUGUGUUGAAGCCAUUGUUCCUAUCUCUACCAUGGAACCUGUCAAGAAUGAAUGUCGAGCCCUCGGUUAA